AUGAAACCAUCUUCGUCAUCAUCAGAAUCGGAAGAAACCCUCGAUCAACAAAAGAUUCAUGACUUGCUCGGAAGAUGUUUAAAAUUAUUUAAUCGAGUAUAUGAACCUUUUUUAAGGCAGGCUUUAAUUGAACAAUAUGGACCAGAGGGUUGGCAAUUAGCGGUUCAACAAUCUUCAAACAAAUUAGAAAUUGAUUUCACCACGUCUUCAAAACCCUUCUCGCUAAAUCGAACAUCUUCCGAUGCAACACAAAAUUGGGAUACUCAAAAUAUAAUUUCAAUAAUUUUACGACAUUGGAAUGAUUUAUUUGCACAAAAUCAACGGAACUUAACCAAUGCAGAAAAAUCUUUUUUAUUUGAAGUGAGAACAUGUAGAAAUAAGUGGGCACACCAAAAUUUUUUCACUUUACGAGAUACUUAUCACUAUGUAGAUGCCAUGCAACGAUUGAUUGAAAUAUUUCCUGACAAAACCAAAGAAAUUGAAGAGAUAGACAAGAUGAGAAAUUAUACAUUGUUGUAUUUAGCCAAUGAAGUGAAACGAGCUCAACAAAGGAAGGAAAAAGAAAAGCACAAACGAGAAAAAACUGCUCCAACUGUUGUUGAAACCACUACUGUUUCAGCGUCACCAAAUGUUGUGACUUCGCAGAACAUCAGUUCAAGUUCUUCUCAAAUAAUUCCACAGGAACAACCGAUCUACUCCAAUUUCCACUCUUCUUCACUCAUGAAUCAGAUGAAUCCUCAACAACAGUCUGUUUCUGUACAAACAAAACAUUAUUCCACGGAACAACAACAUUUGGUCUUUCAAUUAUCAGAAUAUACUGGAUUGACACAUCAAUAUGCGCUCAUGUGUCUAGAAGAAGCUCAGUGGGCACCACAAACUGCUCUGGAGCUUUUUACAAAAGCCAAAGAGCAAGGAUUACUUCCGUCGGAAGCAUUUAUUGCUCAUCCUCAUCAUCAUCACAACACGACUAACCAUAGCAUGAACUACUAG